AUGAGCAAUGUAGACGAUCUCUUCGGCUCGGAUGGCGAUGAGCCGCAGCCAGUGGCCGCCCCCGCCGCCAAAGUCGACCUAAAAGCGAGGCUGGCAGCCCUGGCGGAGGCCAAGCGCAAGGAGAGGGAGGAGGAGUCGCAGCAGCGCAAGCCGAAGAAGCAGAAGAAGGCAGCACUGGUGGAUUUUGGGGACGAUGAGGAAGAGCAGGCAGACGGGGCCGGGGCGGGCGAGGCCAGCGAAGUCUACGAGGCUGCCGGCGGGGGAACCUCGCGCCGACGCAAGCCAUCCAGUGUGUCGGCAUCAGACCGCCCCCCAGUGGCGCCCGAGGUGGAUGAAAGCGACGAGGCACUGAGGGUGGUCACUGAUGCCGACCGCGACUUCAUUGAUGAUGAUGGUCUGGACCCUGAGGAGCGCAUCGACUUUGGAGAUGAUGAAGAGCAGGCGCGGGCCUUUGCGAAGGAGCUGGGGAAACUGGCCAAUUACGCGGAGGCGGAGGAGGCGGGUGAGGGCGAGGACGAGCUGGAGGCCAUGUUCAACAAAAAGAAGAAGAAGGAGGGGAUGAGUGAUAUUGAGGCCAAAGCAUUGGUGGAGAACAUGCUCAGCACGAUGGAGGUGGCGGCAGAGGAGGACCAGAAGGAGUAUGAGAACGGACGCCCCGCGGUGUUCAAGCUGCGCUUGCUGUCCAAGGUGGAAGACGUGCUGUCCACCAAGCGGCUGCACAACGAGCUGUUGGACGCAGGGCUGCUGGGCGUGCUCAAGGCCUGGAUUGAGCCUAUGGCCGACGGCGCUCUGCCCAACGCCAAGGUCCGCGAGACAGUAUUACGCCUGCUGCACCAGCUGCCUGUGGAUUGCAGCCUGGAGGAUCGCAAGGAGCAGCUCAAACGCAGCGGGCUGGGCCGCGUCGUCAUGUUCCUCUUCAAGCUGCCCGACGAGACGCCCACCAACCAGCGGCUGGCCAAAGAGCUGGUGGAGCGGUGGAGCCGGCCGAUCUUGGCACCCAGCCGCGUGCGUGACCUGGAUGCAGAGGAGCAAGAACGCAUCCUCACAGCACGGCAACAGCGGCAGGCGCGCACGGCAUCGCAGCAAGCAGCAGCAUACGGCGAGGAGCUGAACGAGGAUGACGAGGGAAUGCGGCGGCGGCAGCCAAAGUCUGGGGAACCCGGCUUCCGCUACCAUGCUGCCAUCCCGCAGGCUGCUUCGCUCGAUUAUGUCAAGGCACCCAGCAGCCAGUUCGCGAUGCCUGAGAAGAAGGGGCCUGGCGGCAAGGGCAAGGACGAGCACAAGCUGAGCAAGAAGCUCAAGGGGAUGGCCAAGGGCGGACGUGCAGGGCGGGCGGCAGUGGUCAGCGUCGAGGGCCGCAACGUGACGGUGCAACACUGA